GGCGGGAUGGGACGGCUGGUUACUUAAAGGUUGGGGCGACCAAGGGUCCGCGGCCGCAGCCUGGGUCCUCACCGUCGCCAUGGCUCCGUACCGCUCUUCGCUGCUCUGCGCGCUGCUCCUCCUGGCGCUGUGCGCACUGUCGCCUUCCCAUGCAGCCACGGCAUCGCGGGGCAGGGCCCAAGAGAGGGCGCCCCAAAGUCGGGUGUCUGAGGCGCGGCCCAGCACUAUGGUGGUGGAGCACCCCGAAUUCCUGAAGGCAGGGAAGGAGCCUGGCCUGCAGAUCUGGCGUGUGGAGAAGUUUGACCUGGUACCUGUGCCCCCCAACCUCUAUGGAGACUUCUUCACGGGUGACGCCUAUGUCAUCCUAAAGACUGUGCAGCUGAGGAACGGGAAUCUGCAGUACGACCUCCACUAUUGGCUGGGCAAUGAAUGCAGCCAGGAUGAGAGCGGGGCUGCUGCCAUCUUUACUGUGCAACUGGAUGACUACCUGAACGGCCGGGCUGUACAGCACCGUGAGGUUCAGGGCUUUGAGUCGUCCACCUUCUCCGGCUACUUCAAGUCUGGACUUAAGUACAAGAAAGGAGGUGUGGCAUCUGGAUUCAAACACGUGGUACCCAAUGAGGUGGUGGUACAGAGGCUCUUCCAGGUCAAAGGACGCCGUGUAGUCCGUGCCACUGAGGUACCUGUGUCCUGGGACAGUUUCAACAAUGGCGACUGCUUCAUUCUGGACCUGGGAAACAAUAUCUAUCAGUGGUGUGGCUCUGGCAGCAACAAAUUUGAAAGGCUGAAGGCCACACAGGUGUCCAAGGGCAUCCGGGACAACGAGAGGAGUGGCCGUGCUCAAGUACAUGUGUCUGAAGAGGGAGGAGAGCCAGAAGCCAUGCUGCAGGUGCUGGGCCCCAAGCCAGCUUUGCCUGAAGGUACCGAGGACACAGCCAAGGAAGAUGCAGCCAACCGAAGGCUGGCCAAGCUCUACAAGGUCUCCAACGGUGCAGGUAGCAUGUCAGUCUCCCUCGUGGCUGAUGAGAACCCCUUCGCCCAGGGCGCCCUGAGAUCUGAGGACUGCUUCAUCCUGGACCAUGGCAGAGAUGGGAAAAUCUUUGUUUGGAAAGGCAAGCAGGCCAACAUGGAAGAACGGAAGGCUGCCCUCAAAACAGCCUCUGACUUCAUCUCCAAGAUGCAGUACCCCAGGCAGACCCAGGUUUCAGUUCUCCCAGAGGGCGGUGAGACCCCUCUCUUUAAGCAGUUCUUCAAGAACUGGCGGGACCCAGACCAGACAGACGGCCCCGGCCUGGGUUACCUCUCCAGCCACAUUGCCAACGUGGAGCGCGUGCCUUUCGAUGCUGCUACGCUGCACACCUCCACCGCCAUGGCCGCUCAACACGGCAUGGAUGAUGAUGGAACUGGCCAGAAACAGAUCUGGAGAAUUGAAGGUUCCAACAAGGUGCCAGUGGACCCUGCCACAUAUGGGCAGUUCUAUGGAGGCGACAGCUACAUCAUUCUGUACAACUACCGCCACGGUGGCCGCCAGGGACAGAUCAUCUACAACUGGCAGGGUGCCCAGUCUACCCAGGAUGAGGUUGCUGCUUCUGCCAUCCUGACUGCCCAGCUGGAUGAGGAGCUGGGAGGGACUCCUGUCCAGAGCCGAGUGGUCCAAGGCAAAGAGCCUGCACACCUCAUGAGCUUGUUUGGUGGGAAGCCCAUGAUCAUCUACAAGGGCGGCACCUCCCGAGACGGUGGGCAGACAGCUCCUGCCAGUAUCCGCCUCUUCCAAGUGCGAGCCAGCAGCUCUGGAGCCACCAGGGCUGUGGAGGUGAUGCCUAAGUCUGGUGCUCUGAACUCCAACGACGCCUUUGUGCUGAAAACCUCCUCCGCUGCCUACCUGUGGGUGGGCGCAGGAGCCAGUGAGGCAGAGAAGACCGGCGCCCAGGAGCUUCUGAAGGUGCUUCGGUCCCGGCACGUGCAGGUGGAGGAAGGCAGUGAGCCAGAUGCCUUCUGGGAGGCUCUGGGCGGGAAGACUGCCUACCGCACAUCCCCCAGGCUUAAGGACAAGAAGAUGGAUGCCCAUCCUCCUCGACUCUUUGCCUGCUCCAACAGGAUCGGACGCUUUGUGAUCGAAGAGGUUCCUGGCGAGCUUAUGCAGGAAGACCUGGCUACUGAUGAUGUCAUGCUCCUGGACACCUGGGACCAGGUCUUUGUCUGGGUUGGAAAAGACUCCCAGGAAGAGGAAAAGACAGAAGCCUUGACUUCUGCUAAGCGGUACAUCGAGACAGAUCCAGCAAAUCGGGACAGGAGGACCCCCAUCACAGUCGUUAGGCAGGGCUUUGAGCCUCCUUCCUUCGUGGGCUGGUUCCUCGGCUGGGAUGACAACUACUGGUCAGUGGAUCCUUUGGACCGGGCCUUGGCUGAGCUGGCUGCCUGAGUAAGGACCAAAGCCAUCAAUGUCACCAAUCAGUGCCUUUGAGGGUUGUCCAUCUCCCAAAGACAUCAUAUGGCAAGCAGGAAAACUAUGGUGUGUGUGCGAGUGUUUUUGUUUUUGUUUUUUACAGUAGCCAAAACAAGCCCUGUGGAAACUCAGGGUCUUUACAGAAUUGCUUCAAAUGUCUGUACUUUGGAAAUUAAAGCCAAUAAAAGCUUUUGAAGUGUGUUCUC